GACUGCAUUUGGCAUUAUUGUUACCUUACAUCAGAGCUGUAUAGCUUAGAAAUAAUAACGCAUACUUAAUUCAUGGGGACAGCUGUAUUCAAAUCAGCAGUUUUGCUCUUUACGAUAUGGUUAAAGUUUGUUUUACUACUACACUAUUAAACUACCAUUAACAUGCAAAGCAAACAGUCACAUAAGCAUUGAAGCAGGUGGUGAAAAACAUCUGAAUUAAGAACUUCAUUGGGUUUAUUCAUUUAAGCAAGUAUUUUUGGUUUUACAUGUUAAGGUUUAAGUUUUUCCCAAGCGACGUAUCUGUAUAAUACCGUUUUGUGGGAUCUUAUCAUUGUCACUCAAUGUAAAAUAAGAAAUACAAGAGGGAGCGCUGUUGUGCUCAUGAUUAGUACGCUUGUGAUUAGCUUUCAGUGCCACCAACAAAAUAAUUGGGAUUAUGAUUCUAUUAGCUAUUCCCAAUUUACACAGACAAAGUCGGGCAUCUUUCUCUCAAUUUCAGUCUAAUGAUAUCAUCAUAAACAUGUGCACAUUCAUGAAUUUUGUAGUCACAUUUAUAAAAAGUACAGUGUCUGAGUGCUGUUAUUCAUGAAGUGCCUCAUGAAGUUUCAAGUAAGAUGAAAGAUAUAUAAGCUACGUACACUAUAUGGCCAAAAGUACAUGGACACCUGACCACCUGACCAUGAACCCCAAAUGUGGGCUUUCCCCAAACUUUUGCCACCACAAAGUUUGAGGCACAUAAUUGUCUAGAAUGUCUUUCUAUGCUGUAGCAUUACGAUUUACCUUCACUGGCACUAAGGGGCCCAAAAAUGUCUCAGCAUGACAGUGCCUCAGUGCACAAAGUGAAGCCCAUGAAGACAUGGUUUGCCAAGGUUGGGGUGGAAGAAGUCAAGUGACCUGCACAGAGCCCUCACCUCAACCCCACUGAACACCUUUGGGAUGAACUGGAACACCAACAUGUACCCCAGACCUUCUCACCCAACAUCAGUGCCUGAGCUCACUAAUGCUCUUAUGGCUGAAUGAGCAAAUCCCCACAGCCACGCUCCUGAAUCUAAUGGAAAGCCUUUCCAGAAGAGUGGAGGUUGUUAUAACAGCAAAGGGGAACUAACUCCAUAUUAAUGCCAUUUCUUUGGAAUGGGGUGUUCAACAGGCACAUAUAGGUGUCAUGGUCAGGUGUCCAUGUACUUUUGGCCAUAUAGUGUAUCUGUGUAGACAUAUAGAUGGUACAGAUAAUAAUAACAGCUAAACAUUAGCUAAAAUUGUCUGUCUAGUAGUUUUUUAUUCCAACCUAAAAUUGUCUGUCUAGUAGUUUUUUUUAUUCCAACCUUAUAGCUAGCUAGCUAGCUAGCUAGCGAGAUAGAUAGAUAGAUAGAUAUUGGGGAUAUUGGGGAUAUUGUGGCACUCUCUUCUGGGAAUACUUGGAGUUGGUGGACUGCUUUGUUUACAUACAGUGCAUACACACACAGCGUUUUGAUAUUUAGCAUUUUAGCAUGAUGUAACAGGUGUCUUAAAUCGAUAUAACUGUGUCACAAGUUGGUACUGACUGUAGGAGAGCCAUCGGAGAUGGUAAAGUUCUCUUUUCUGGUAGGUAUGUGACGGUACAGAGGUAUGAAAGUGCGUUGUUUUGUGGUUUUCAAAAUCAGGAAAUAAGACAAUAAAACAGGACUUCAUGAAACAGAAAAUACCCUUUCAUAAUGCAUUGCACUUCUGUUUGUGUGUGUUUGUGUGCCUGGGAGAGAACAUUCAGUGAGAAUUAGAUCUGAAAGUGGGAAUGGGAAAAGCAAACACACACACACGCACACACACACACUUACGAAUACUGCCACACACAUGCACACACACACACUUACGAAUACUGCCAAGCGUGUGGAGAGCUGGACAGAAAGGGACAGAUCUCAGCUGUCAGUGUGUGUCUUGUGUGACCGUGUCUACAACUGUACAAUCUGUACACUGUAAAAAAAAUUAAUAAAUAAAAUAACGUGCAGAGUCAACAACAUAUAACGGUUUCAUUUUCACCGGACAUGGAUUAUACAAAACCGGAGACGCUAAUUAAGGAACUGCAGCUGAAGGAUCAGUUUGAUAACUUGGAGAAGCACACUCAGUGGGGUAUAGAUUUUGUGGAGCGCUACACCAAAUUUGUCAAAGAGCGAUCUGAGAUCGAGCUUAACUAUGCAAAGCAGAUCAGAAAUUUGUCCAAGAAGUACCAACCCAAGAAGAAUGCCAGGGAAGAAGAAGAGAGCAAAUACACAUGGUGCCGUGCAUUUCUGGCAUCUCUGAAUGAGUUGAAUGAUUACGCCGGCCAGCACGAGCUGGUUGCUGAGAACAUGACAUCACAGAUCAUCACUGAGCUCACGCGAUACACACAGGACCUCAAAGCGGAGAGAAAAUCGCAUUUCCACGAUGGACGGAAAGCUCAACAGCAAAUUGAGAACAGCUGGAAACAACUGGAACAGAGUAAGCGGAAUUUUGAGAGAGCUUGUAAAGAGGCAGAUCGAGCACAGCAGUACUUUGAGAAAAUGGAUGCUGACAUCAAUGUGACAAAAGCAGAUGUUGAGAAGGCCAGACAGCAGGCUCAGUUUAGACACCAGUUGGCAGCCGAAAGUAAGAAUGAAUAUUCCAACUACCUGCAGAAAUUUAACCAGGAACAGACUGAACAUUACCACACACUCAUCCCCAAUAUCUUUCAGAAAAUACAGGACAUGGAGGAGAGGAGGAUUGAUAGAGUGGGCGAAUCCAUGAAAACCUUUGCCGAGCUGGAUAGACAGAUUCUGCCCAUUGUAGGAAAAUGCCUUGAUGGCAUUACCAAAGCAGCCGAGAGCAUCGAGGCCAAGACUGACACAUCACAGGUGGUGGAGUCGUAUAAAUCAGGGUUUGAACCACCAGGUGAUGUGGAGUUUGAAGACUAUGGACAGGCAAUGAAGAGGACUGCAUCGGAGACCAGCCUGACCAACUCACGUCCUGAUAUUAAGACAGAAAAAACCAGCAAAAGCAAGAGCAAACUCUGGCCAUUCAAGAAGAACAAGCUUAUGUCCCUAUUAACAUCCCCUGACCCACGCCAACCCCCUCCAGAACCCCCCUCACCUUCUACUGUGACCCUUGACCCCUGCCCCGCCCCUCAGAGCCCCAAACCACCCAAGGAGGCCCUCUCGCACCGCUUCAAUGACAUCAUCACUUCCAAGCCCAAAAUUCACUGCCUUCGGAGUCUGCGUCGUGGGCUCUCUCUCAAGCUGAUCUCGCUCAGUGCCCACAUGCGGAACCUUAUUGAGGGUGCGAAUCCAGAGGAUUUCAGUCACUUGCCCCCGGAACAGAGGAGGAAGAAACUACAAGCGAAGAUCGACGAGAUUAAUAAAGACAUACAGAAAGAGUUGGACCAGAAAGAUGCAUUGACUAAAAUGAAGGAUGUUUAUGUGAAGAACCCCCAGAUGGGGGAUCCGAGCAGCGUGGAUCCAAGACUUGCAGAGAUCAGCCAUCGUGUUGAUAAACUUCAGGCUGAACUUCAGAAGUUUGAGGGCUGGCUAGCAGAAGUGGAGGGCAGAAUGCCAGUGAGAAGUGAAUCAACUCAGAGACAAAGUGCUGUGUAUGAAACUCAAAACAGUACAACAACGGCCAACAACAACUGUGCUCAGGACCGUGAAAGCAGUCCAGAUGGUAGCUACACUGAGGAACAGAGCUCUGAAGUCAGGACAAAGGUUCAGGCUGAUCCAGAGUUUGAUGAGUUUGAUGAUGCUGAGGAAGAAAUGCUGCCCACCAUCGGAACUUGCAAAGCACUCUACCCGUUUGAAGGAAGUAAUGAAGGCACGCUGGCGUUAGCAGAAGGAGAGGUGCUCUUUGUGAUCGAGGAGGAUAAAGGAGAUGGCUGGACGCGUGUCCGGAGGAACGAGGAGGAGGAGGGCUACGUUCCCACAUCCUACGUCGAGGUCUUCCUCGACUCCAAUGCCAAAGGCCUUUAUGUGUGGGAUUAGGGGUUGUGAACAGGGUAUACAACCUAUUCCAGAGGAUUCCUAACCAAGAGAAGAGGGCACAUGGCAAGUGACUGCAUAUACAGGAAAACACCACUCUUUACCAAAAUGGAGAGAGUGAAACGAUGAUGAUGAUGAUGAUGAUGAUGGACAAAUUAAGUUGGAAGAAAGAGAUGCACAGGAGGCUGAGGAUCCCCUAGUGCAGACAGUAACUGAACCGUGCCCAUGCAACCAACCAGAGAUAAAAAUAAUCCGACCCUUAAUAAGGCUACAUGUAAAAAUACUGCUUCUUUGCUAUGCAGCUUACUAGCACCGUAACUGUAAUUCAGUUCAACAUGACCUUGCAUUUAUUUACAUCUAUUGAGACAGAGCUAGAUAGCAUAUACUACACAUGGGCACAGAUAAAACCUUAGCUCUGAUAACAUUAGUCUUGUCCAGUCAAUCUAUAUGACACGUAACCACUUUUUCCACGCCUUUCAUUUCAGUGUUGUUCAACAUGUGACCGGUUUACCUGCAAACUUUUUUCUUUUCCAAAUAUCACACAGUUAACAAGAGGGUGUAUGUCUAUAGGAUUGGACAAAUAGGCCUAUGCUAUAUAUUCUAUAUGCAUUUUGAGUCUUUGUCUUUUUACAAUCAGGCCCUUUAGGAAAAUGUCAUACGGGCUCAUUUGCACCAAUGUAUUGCACCAACAGAUUUAUUUUGUGUUUCUUUUUUAGAGUAUUUUUAUAACAAGCACUGUAUUCUGUUGCUUAAUUAGCCAGUGUGUAGCUAGUAGGGGUUGCAUAGACUAGUCAACUAAUACAUUCACAAGUCGCUGCAGUGGAGAUGUUGACUAGUCAGGGGAGUAGAGUAAAAAAAAGUAAGGCAGACCGUAAAGAAAGCAGGCUAAAUGUACUUUGUUAGUCUGAAAAAGAUUUAAGACCAAACAAAGCCAAUUCUACUGUUAACUUGCCCAUUGCGUAAAAUUAUGUUUUAAUGGAACGUUAUUACUGUCGUAUCACUUUUAUGGUUAAAAGUUUAAAGAUGUGCGUGGGACUGAUUUUUUUUAAAUCGCAUCCACACAGUUAUUUUUGUUGUCCUUUAAAGCUAAAUAACGAUGAAAUAAAAUCCUUGCUCUUUGGAACAGCGUUGUACGAAAGAGUGAAAUCAGUGCCAUGGGUUGCACAUCACUAUCCAAUCCCACUCGACUAGUUUAAAGCCUGUCCCAGCAUGCCAGAAGACAGAGGCACACUUGUUUUCGGAUGCUAUUGAGGCCUUAGUUGAACAUGGCCAUUCAACACCAAGGUCAUUAUCAGCCUUGAUGCUACUGUAGACAUAGCAUCCUCCAUCCAUGGAAGGCUGGUCAUUGAGCCAUAAAGAGGGCUCUGUUGAAGGACAUGAGCUUCUGUGCUGUGUGCUCUCAGUUCCAGAACUAACAAUUUACACACAAGUCCAUUAUAACAACUAGCACAUCCUUAAAUAUUAUAAUAUGAUACACAGUUAUUUUUUUGCACAUUUAUUGCACUGAUUUAUUUAUUUUUGGUGUUAACAAUGUAACCUAAAAAAUUUGUAGCCUGUGUAUGGCAGUUAAUUAAAGUGUAGUUUGACAGCUGUUGCUGUCGUUUAUCAGCAUUUAACUGCACUAACAAAAUAGCCUAAAAUAGUAAUGUCCUGAAAUUACUGCUCGACUAGUAAAAAGUAAUACCCUCGCAACCCCUAGUAGCUAUAAGAGAAAACACUGUGAAGUCACAUUGGUACAUGCACAUUUUGUUAACAGGUUAACUUGCAGUCUCAUCCUGUGGAUUUAUUGAGCCUGUCUACAAAGGUCAGCCAUCUUAUGUUAUGUGGUUGCCUAUGUGGUGUUGACUUAGGAAUAGUUUUUGCCUUUUGAUCUGAAUGAAUAUGAUUAUGUGGGCAGACAGAUACCUGAUCCCCGAUCAGGGCUAGACUGUGCUUUUCCACUGACACAGAGCAGUCACCGGAGCCCAUGCUGGUUUAGUUCAGCACUUCAUCACCUUUCUAAGAACCUACCAUUUUUCUACCUGUUGUAGAGGUGAACCUUUAAAUUGACAUUGCAAAUGUGAUGCGUCAUUUCCUUUGUUUAAUUUGCAAGUUUAACUUUUGGAUUUGAGAAAAUAUUCAUCAUACAAAGAUAUUGCGAUUGGAAUUUGUUCUUCAGACAUUUGAGUUGUGAUAUUGAUUUCACCCUAUUUUUUAAAACUUCAGAAUGUUUUAAUGGUGAUCUGUUUAAAGGAAUAGUUCAGGCAAAAUUGUAGUGUAUACAAUGUCCUUCUUAUGCCAAACAUCAACCAAGCAUCAACCGUGUUGGUGUCUGAACUCUGCUUCUUUUGUUUUGCACUGGUGCUAUGAGGCUAAUGUAGCUAACAAGAAAUAGAACCUGUUGUCCUGCAGUUUAGCAUCAAGAAAACAUCAUGCUUAAAUUAUACACUCAUCUCAAACAGGUUUGACAAAUUCUUUUUAUGUACUUAUUUAUGGGGACUUGCUUAUGUAGUUUAUAGAGUGCUUUAUGACAUACUGUUUUAUAUAAGAAUGGACAGAAAGAAGUUGUAGCAGCCAUCUUGAGGCUAGAAUCACUUUCUUUUGUACCAGAUGUCACUCCAUCAGACUCAGAUAGGAGGCGUGGCCUAAAUUUAAAGGUGGAAUAAGCAUGAAAGUUGAAAUGUUAGAAGAAAUGUUAGAAGUGAUUUAGAAGAUAACCUUAAAAUUUAUUUAACAUAAAAAAUUGUUUAACAUAUUCUGCAUGUUUAAUAUAUUCAUAUUUAACAUAUUCUGCAUUUUAUAGGGCGGCAUCGUGCGGCAGUGGGUAGCAUUGUGAGCUGUCAGCUCCAGGGUCCCUAAUUGUCUGUAUGGAGUUUCUGUGCAUAGUUCUCCCCUGACCAUGCAUAUGCAGAAGCCCCAGGUAUUAGAAAAGUGAUGUGGGUUACAUGGGUAAACUGAUUAUGAAGAGCUCCCAUCCCACUUAUUGUCGAUCAUGCCAGUGACAGUAAUUGCAGGCUGUGGUGCUCACAAGAUGCAGACGUUACACAGAUGAAACUUGUAAAAUCAUAUAAUCUAAAGACUGUUUUGGAUGAUGCAGACAAUGGCUGAACAUGCCUUGCUUGAAGAUUUGGCACAUGCAGCUUUAUGCAGGGAAUGAGUAUUUAAGGACCACAGGAACCUCUUUGCUGAAAGUGAUGAGUGGCUUCUCAGUAGAAUUUUUUUCCCUGUACAAUUUUAAUUUAUCUCUGCCAGUAACUCUCCCCACUUGGAGAGACCAACAAAUGCAGUAAUAGCAUCCCUAUGCACACUCAAGUCCUUUCUGCUCUAGGCUUUUUAACCAAAGAGCACAUUUGCAGGUUUUCAAAAUGUAAUUGGGCAAUAGAUGCACACACAUAGCCAUAAAAUCACCCUUUUAAAGGGAAGGGUCCAUCGAAGGUAGUUGUGUGUAUGUACAUGUGUAUUGGUGGUUCUUACAUGUAAAAUUAGAACUUGUUCUACUCAUGGUAAAUGAGACCCCAGGUCCUGAAUGAUCUUGAUUGAGGGAGCAUACCAUUUUAUUUAUGCAAAUGUUUAUGUACAAAUUGGGUUAUUGAGUCAAGCAGUGUCUUUUAAGGCGAGGUAAGGCAUGCAGUUUGCAUGAUGAUAAACUGUGGUCUGUAAACUUCCUUCAGUUAUUACCUACGUUAACAUCGGAGCACCACUGCAUGUCAUUUGGGGAAGGGAAACAUUGUGAACUUUUAUUUUUUUUGGCUGAACUGUUCCUUGAUAACAUGAUGGCAGUGCAUCAGCGGCAUUGCGUUAGUGGAAAAGCAUGUAUGCACAGCUCCAGCAGGAAACACAAUUGUUUUAAGAGGAUUAAAAGAUGUAAAAUUUUAAACCAUGUAAAUUCAUCAGCAGAGCCUGCUAGGCCUCUAUAAUCAUGGAUAAACAUACCCCCUGUGUGUCCAUGGCUUUAUUCUGUGGAAUAUGUGAUUUCCUUUCUUAGGCUUAAUGUCUGUAGUUUGGAAAAGGCAUUUGUACAUUUUUUUUUUUUUAAUAUAAAUAUUAUUUUUGUUUUGUAGAGAACAAGAUGAAUCAAUUUAAUAUUGUUUAGUUUCAGGAAUUUCCUUUGACUACUCACGCUGGCACAUAAUUGAUUUUCAUUGUUUGAUUUUUAACUUUCUUACCUUCUCAUGGAGAGAUUUAUUAUUAUUAUUAUUAUUAUUAUUAUUAUUACUAUUAUUAUUAUUAUUAUUAUUUUAGCUGAUUUUAUCUUCUGCUGAUUAAAAUUAUUUUUCAUCCCUUUAUAAAUCAGAAGCCAGAUUUCUGUUAAAAAAUUCUUGCACCAUUAAAGAGGUUUUUAUUGUUUUACAUUGUCAAUACAAGAUAAAUAUCUCAUCCGAAAUGACCUACAAUAAUGAUAAAAUAAGCUGUAAAUAUGAAGCAAGAAAAUAUUGAUGCUACCUGAAAACGUCUCUCUGUUCUGAAACAUUCAGUUUCCCUGCAAUUUCACAUACACACAAACACACACACACCUGGCUGUGCUGUAAAGCGUGUCACACCGGCUCCGAAUCAGUAGAUAUAAAUAUAAAUCUAUAAAUAAGAGUGAACUAUGGAAAUAAUAAAGAGGAAAAAAAUCUAUUUUUAAGCUUUGAACUAAUAAUAAAAUGUUCUGAAAUUGUACUUUCUCUGCUCAGCUAAGCAAAGAAUUUUUUUUUCCAUCAUGUCUCCAAACUGUGUUUUGUACUUUUUCAUUGUCAUUUGUGUUCUGUUUGUCAAGCUUGUAUGUCAGAGAACUGAAUACUUUAUAUUGUGUUAACUGUGCCAAUUAAAUAUACACAGGAAGUA